GUGUAGUCGCUUACUUUGCACCAACGAAGAAGAUGCAGCAGUGAAAAGUUCAAGUAACUCAACAUGGCGGCCGCGGCUCGUAGCUGCCAAACCAAGCGAAGCCUGAGCUAAGCCCGUCCGAAGACGACAGCCUGUCAACGGGCGACUUCCAUGCCUGUCCCCGCUUCACGGACGCGCCGGUACCCCCGCGGAGCCUCUGGCAUUGUGAUCUGUGAGCACGAAGCCGUAUGGCGUCCUCGCAAGGACGGCUAGGCCAGCAGGCCUUGGCGGUGCUCGAUGUGGCUCUGCGGGUCCCCUGCAUCUUCAUUAUCGACGCCAUCUUCAACUCGUAUUACGAGCCCGGCCCGGGUUGGGCCGGUACCGCCGGGAGCGCUUUGUUCCGAAUCGUGGGCGUGCUCGUCUCCAGUGUGGUGCUGCUGCUGUCGCAGAAAGCCUUGUUCAAGUUCUACACCCUCUUCCUAGCUGUGCUCCUGGGCGCAGCGGCCGUGCUGGUCAACUAUCAUGCGACCUCGCACACGGACUUUUCCAGCGUCCGCUACAAAGUGGCGCUGGGCUGGCGAAACGGGCCCACGCUCUGGCUCGGCCUGGCUACUGUGCAGCUGGCCUUUGGCGUUGCCUACGUUUUUCUCUUGGGCCUGCGGUCGUCUCUGGCCGCCCUGGUUGUCCUGGACGUCAUGAUGCCCGUGUGGGGGCUCAUGAUGGAGCUGCCCCCGGACGUGCGGCGACUGGUGGCCGCGUUCUCGGGCGCUGCCCUGGCCCUCAACACGGCCGCCUGCCUGGCUGCGCGGCUCAAGUGGUUCUACUACUCGUGCCGCUAUGUCUAUCUGCUGGUGCGACACAUGUACCGAAUGUACGGCCUGCAGCUGCUCCUAAAGGACACCUGGAAGAGAAUCCGCUUCCCAGACGUGCUGCGCGUCUUCUGGCUGACCCGCGUCACAGCCCAGGCGCUCAUCCUGAUCUAUGUCGUGCAGGCGGUGCGACGGGAGAGCGGCGACGCCACGGGCGGCUAUCCUGACCGCAACUCUGACACGCAGGGUUACCUUCUGAGCUGGGAUGUGUUGUGGGACGUGACGAGCAACCUGAUCAUCUCCGGCUGUGACUCCACGCUCACCGUCCUGGGCAUGAGCGCUGUCAUCUCGUCAGUGGCGCACUACCUGGGCCUCAGCAUCCUCACCUUCAUUGGUUCGACGGAGGAGGAGGAUAAACGUUUGGGCUUCGUGGCUCCGGUGCUGUUCUUCAUCCUGGCCCUGCAGACCGGACUCAGCGGCCUGGACCCCGAGGAACGCCUGGUAGGACACAAGAACUCGUCUGCUCAUGUCAUGGUGCGUCUGAGCCGCAACAUGUGCCUCCUGCUGACGGCCAUCCUCCACUUCAUCCAAGGAAUGACGGACCCGGUGCUGAUGUCGCUCAGCGCCUCUCACGUGUCCUCCUUCCGCCGCCACUUCCCCGUGCUGCUGGUGUCGGCAGCGCUCUUUGUGCUGCCCGUGGUGCUCAGCCAUGCCCUGUGGCACCACUACGCCAUCAACACCUGGCUCUUCGCCGUCACCGCCUUCUGCGUGGAGCUGUGUCUCAAGGUGCUGGUGUCGCUGACAGUCUACGGUCUCUUCAUGGCGGACGGCUUGUCGGACGUGCUGUGGGAGAAGCUGGACGACUACGUGUACUACGUGCGCUCCACGGGCAACAUCAUCGAGUUCCUGUUCGGCGUGGUCAUGUUCGGCAACGGCGCCUACACCAUGAUGUUUGAGUCGGGCAGCAAGAUCCGCGCCUGCAUGAUGUGCCUGCACGCCUACUUCAACAUCUACCUGCAGGCGCGCAACGGCUGGAAGACCUUCAUCAACCGCCGCACCGCCGUCAAGAGGAUCAACUCGCUGCCCGAGCUGCGGGGCGAGCGGCUGCGCCGCAUCGAAGACGUCUGCGCCAUCUGCUACCAGGAGUUUGCCACCUCGGCGCGCAUCACGCCGUGCCAUCACUACUUCCACGCGCUCUGCCUGCGCAAGUGGCUCUACAUCCAGGAUAGCUGCCCCAUGUGCCACCAGAAAGUUAACGUGGACGACGACGCCCGCGACAGGGACAUCUUCUCCAACAAUAACGGGGGCUACGCGCCGCCACCGCCGGAGGCCCCCGCCGCCGCCGCCCCGCCGCCGGUGGAAAACCCGCCCGCUGACGCCCAGCCUGUCAACAGGGCGGCGCCGCCGCGCCCGGCGCCGGGCACAUUGGCGGCCGUGGCGGGGGGCCUUCACCACGAGCUGCUGGAGGACAACGACAGCAUCGAGUACGACGACGACGACUGGGUUGUGCAAAACGGAGGCACACCUGUAGAGGAAGAGUAUAUGAAUGAUGACACCGACUCCACAGAUGACUGAGAGGGGUGGGGGGAUUAUUUAAAUGGACUUUCGCUUCUUCAUUGAAGAAGGAGUUAGGGAUGAUAUUCAGUUUCGGGGUUCACCCGAAAAAUGUGUGCAUGAGAUUCGCCUGCUUGCGUGGGGCGAAUCCUCCUGGUGAUGUUCUCUUGAGCACCAUUUGGCGUUGUCCACAUGGCAAAUCGUCGUGGCGUGCGCGUGGUGACGGCCUCGUUUUGAAUCUCGGCCAUCAAGAAGGACUCACUGGACGCGUCCGCGUUCUCUUGUCCAAUCAGCGCCGAGCUGAGGCGUCUGAUGAGCCGCUCCUGGUCUCUUGUGCGACCGUGCCUCCGAUUUUAUGUACGUUCUUGUACAUGGGACUGAUGUGCUGAAUCAGCGUCUUUUGCUUCUGAUCCCAAUUAUGUUUGAAGGGUUUCUUUGCCCAAAAUUGAAAAAAAAAAGCAUCGAGGUGGUUCUGGUUGCAACUGGACUCCUAUCGGUUUGUUAAAAUGUUCCUUUCAUCUUAACCCCACACCCUCGUCUGUUUCUAAAUUCAUUGGAUUGGAUUUUGGAUUGGAUACAACUUGAUUGUCAAAUGUGCUGUAGUAGCUGCCCUUGUAAAUGAUUACGAUACAAAGCAACAAAAACCCGUACAACGGCUUACCGCGCAUGCGCACAUCAUGCUUUAUUAAUCCGACCGCACGCAGUGAUGAAAAAAAAUAUACAAUUGAGGAUUCCUUUUGCUGGUUUGCCGUGACAAUCGUAGUGAUCGAAGACAGCAUUGCUGAUGGCUACCAGCAGGUGGGAUGACCUGGAUUUGAGCCAAAAUGGUCGUUGUGAGAUCGGUUCACAAUUGUUUUUUUGGGGGGGGGGGGGGUAAUUACAAUAUAAAAGUUGUAAUACGCCAUACAUGAUUUGAAAUGAUAAAAAAAACGUGGGGAAAACAAAAGUUGACAGGUAUGCAUCGGCGAAUCGUCAAAGAAUGGUGUCUUCACAAUCGUUGUCAUUGUGUUAAAGGAAAUUGUAUGGAUCAAAAGCACUAAACGUAUCGGUACUCAAGAGUGGUAUCGGACGUCCCUUGGUUUUUUGGGGUUUUUUUUUAAUGAAGACUUAUUUUUUACCUAAAAGUAUUUUGGUUCUGAAUUUUGAUUGAAAAAAAUCCAACUAUACUUAAAACAGAAAGUUGAACUGCAAGAAGCCUUCUGGCCUGAGUCUUUUUUCUUUUUUUUUUUUUGGAGGGAGGUAUUUUAUUUUAAUUUGUUUGCUUCCGGUGAUGCUUUGUUUUCAAACAUUGAAGAUGUUCCACUUUUAAUCCAAAAGGCUUCUCUCGUUCUGAAUUUGAAUUUUAAAAAUGUUGAGCUGAACAUGCCUCUUUCUUUUUUUUCCCCAAAUUUGGUUUUGGAAGAUUUGGAAGUGAAGAAGCUUAUUGAGUUGCGCAACCAAGAGGAGUACAGUUACCUCCAUCUGCUUCACCAGAGCUUGUUAUGAUCCUGCUUUGGACACCAGUUUGUGGCAUCCCUGAGCUGGUGUGGUCUCGUUAAGUCAGUGCAGGCAGAAAGUCCCCCUGUUGCUGAAACAAACCCAAAUCCUCACAAUGGUGCACGGCAAAGCUAUUUUUGUACAGGGUUCCCACGGGUCCUUAAAGUUAAUAAAAAGCCAUAAAACGUAAAAUUAUGUUCUUAAUUGUCCUUAAUUUUCAGGAAAAGCUAAAAACAAUAAAAAUCCUGAAAAUGUGUUUUUAUUCAAAAAUAAAUUGGUGUUUUAUAUUUUGUAAAUUUAAAUUUUUCUUGGUGUACUUUAUUUGAGAAUAAAUUCGUUUUGACAUCUUGUUUGUUUGUUGACAUACAGUAUGUCAAAUAAAGGGUUAGCUGAUUGCCCCUAAAAAUAAAGAUGUGCCCUUCCUUUGGCAGCAGUGAUUUGAACACCAGCUCAGUGAAAUGUGACUUUCUGUAUUGCUGAGCGGGCAUUAAAUCCACCGUGAAUCCUCUGCUAAAUGCAGAAAAGCUCCUUUAAAAUCACAAAUUAGCCCUCAAAAGUCCUUAAAAGGUCCAUAAAUAAAAAGCAAGUGGAAGAGUGGGGAACCCUGUUGUAAGGUUGAGUAUUUCGAGCCCUCGGAGCAAUUGAAGGCUCUUCACACAAUUUGUCAUGUUGUCAUCUCUGCUGUACAAGCAGAACUGAAGCAUUUUUGGCCAUGCCCAGCUUUCCAUUUUGCCUCUUGGUUUGGAAAACACAUUAGUGUUAAUAAAAUCAUGUUUGAUAUUG